AUGAGUACAUGUAUACGUGCAUGUGGGCAGUUGUAUUCGGACUUUGAAUCUAUUCCGUUCGGAGGUGGCGUAAGUGAAUUUUCCUAUCACAUCAUACCCACUGCGUGGUGAUUGUUUUGACAGUUUCCUAUCAUACCAAACCCACUGCCCGGAACUGCCGACAUGUCGCUUCCGACGACGAUCACAGCAAUGCACGUGAAGGACAUCCGCUACCCGACAUCCAUCCAGCUUGACGGCUCGGAUGCCAUGCACAAGUCCCCGGACUACUCGUGCUGCUAUGUCAUACUGGAGACUGACGGCCCUCUCACCGGACAUGGGCACACCUUCACUGUGGGAAAAGGAACUGACGUCGUGUGUUACGCCGCCGACAUCAUGAAGAAAUACGUGGUUGGGAGAAAACUGGACGCCAUUUUCAACAACUUUGGUCAGUACUGGCACGAGGUGACGUGCGAUGACCAGUUCAGAUGGAUCGGACCGGAAAAGGGUGUCACUCACAUGGCGACUGCUGCCGUCAUGAACGCGAUAUGGGACCUGUGGGCAAAGAUCGAGGGAAAGCCUCUUUGGAAGCUACUAGUUGACAUGGACGCGGAACAACUGGUCAACUGCAUUGACUUUAGCUACAUAGAAGAUGUUCUCACCAAAGAGGAGGCAAUAGGUAUUCUCAAAGGAAUGGAUGCGACAAAGGCAACAAGAGAGGCAGAAAUGCGAGAAACUGGAUACCCCAUUUAUACCACGUCUUGUGGGUGGCUGGGUUAUAGUGACGAGAAAAUCACCAAGCUUGCAACAGAGGCAAUGAGCCAAGGUUUCUCUAGAUUUAAGAUGAAGGUCGGACAGGACGUAAAAGAUGACAUCAGACGGGCGGCAAUAUUUAGGAAGGUGAUCGGUCCGGACAGGAUAUGGUGUGUUGAUGCUAACCAAGUGUGGGGUAUCCAGCAAGCGAUUGACUGGAUGACGGCCCUCGCCCCGUACAAGCCACUGUGGAUCGAGGAGCCCACCAGCCCGGAUGACAUUCUGGGACAUGCGGCCAUUGCCAAGGCGCUGAAUCCGCUGGGUAUAGGUGUCGCUACGGGGGAGAUGUGUCACAACAGGGUGAUGUUCAAGCAGUUCCUGCAGGCGGGGGCACUCCAGUUCUGUCAGAUUGAUGCUUGCAGGCUCGGGGGAGUCAAUGAAGUGAUCGCUGUCAUCCUCAUGGCGACGAAAUUCAACGUACCCGUGUGCCCCCACGCGGGAGGUGUCGGUCUGUGCGAGCUGGUGCAACACUACGCCAUGUUCGACUACAUCCGGUGUUGCGGCACGCUCGAGAACCGCAUGACGGAGUUUGCCGAUCACCUACACGAGCACAUGUGUGACCCGGUAGUGGUCCGCAACGGCCAUUACAUGCCGCAAAAGGAGCCCGGUUUCCUCGUAGGGAUGAAAGCCCAGUCGCUGAGUGACUACGAAUACCCUGUCGGUGCCGCCUGGCAGAAACUUUUCGACGAGGGCGUGUUCAAGCGAGACCACGCCCACGAGAAUAAUUAAUAUUCAUAUGCAAUAAUAUGUUCGAAAGAGACCAUGCCUACGCUGAUAAUUAAUAUUCACGAGCAUAUUAUGUUCAAGAGAGACACCGCCCACGAGGAUAAUUUAUAUUCAUGAGAAUAAUAUGUUCAAGAGAGACAACGCCAACGAAGAUAAUUAAUAUUAAUUAAUUAAUAUUAAUAUGCAAUCAUUUGCUUAAGAGAGACAACGUAUUCGAGAUUAAUUCAUAUUCAAAUGCAUAACUUAUGUUUCAACGAAUCCGCACAUUAAUAUUCAAACACACCAGUCUGUACCAGUGAAACCACGCCUUCGAGAAUAAUUAAUGUUUAAAUUAUAUAAUCUGUAUGAUGCACUUAUAAACGCAAUUAUACAUGUAAAGAUACCGAGAAGAAAAGAUUCAAAUGCUGAUAAAUUUAUUGAGCAAGUUC